UUGGAUCAGUGACAGGUGGCGCUGGGGAGUUACCACGGCGAGCGGCUGGCUGGCUACAGUGUUUUGGUCAGCACUGGUCAAUCUUGCCCUACACGCUCUAUUAACCAGUGUUUCCGUCUUCCUGACACCUUCUUCCUGCACCAAGCACCGUCAAGCAUCACCAGAGAGGCACGAGUACGUAAGCUGGUCCGAAAUAGCAGUGGACCGAAAUUGCCUCAGCACAACAACAUGUCCACGAGAUGGUAUCCAUUGUAUCAAUUCGGAAACCCCCAGCUGAGGGUGUUCCUGCCCAACUUCUUCAUGAAACUUGUCAAGCCCCGUGACCCGCUGCCUGCCAACGUGGUCCAGUUCCACGUGUCGAUGCAGAUGACCAAGAUUGACAUCAAGAACUACCUGGAGAAGAUAUACAACAUCCCUGUGGAGCAUGUUGUCACCCACGUCAGGAUGGGUAAAUUGUCCCGGACUUCAGUGGGAGGGUACGUUGUGAAGGAUGAUGAUUACAAGGUGGUGUACAUAACCCUGCCCAAGGGAGAGAAGUUUGAGUUUCCAAAUCUUUUCCCUGAAGCCAAGGAACAGGAGAGGGAGAAGCAGAAAGAAGACAUGAAGAUUCUCGAGAAGGAAUGGAAGCAGAAAUCUCAGCGGAACACCAACAGGCCGGGUGUGCCCAGCUGGUUUGGGUUGUAGCCUCUCCUGUCUCACUGUGCUGGGUCACUGUGAGCUGCUUCUGUCAUGCCAUGUACUCAGAUUAGUGUUGGAGUCGUAGUCAGGACAAGAUUCUGAAACACUUUGCUGGAAACACAUUGGCAAACCUCCACUACUUUGAAAAGGCUAUGCUUGAAGUUAUUUUGGUAUUUUGAGGAUGUUUUUUGGGUUCUAGUGACAGAUUAACAAGAUUUCUAUUGUAUUAACAGGAGAAAAAACACUUGAUAAUUUGGCUAACAUCUCUGUGGCCUUUGAAAAUAGUCAUGGUGAGAGAGCAAAGCGUUUCAGAAUGCAGACCCUAGUUGGAAGGAAAACCAGUUGGAAGACCAAAAACUAAGGAAGAACUGGAGAUGGUGUGUGAAGGGAGACAUGAAAAAGAUGAGUAUUAGGAAAGGUAUUGGAGAGACUCAUCACUUGUCUAGUCUUGUAACAGAGGAUAAAGAUGAUGACAGUAAUGAUGAUGUUGACCAUACAAGUCAUGGAAUGGGGAUCAGAGUUGCGUUUACCUUUUCAUUGGGAUGUGCAGCAAUUCGGAGCAGUAAGAGCAAUAUGUGAGAUCUUUAAUAACAUGAGAAGUGGAUAAAAAGAAUAGAUUUUGCAAUUUCUGAUAAGUACAAUAUUUACAUGUGACUGUGGCUUAAGAAAAUAUAUCUUGAGAGUGGUUAGUAAUUCAAGAAAGAUGUUUCAGAUAAUGCAUGGCUUAUUAUAGUCAAAUAGUCAAGGAAAAACAAGGGAAGAUGUCUUAGAAUGGUUAAUAAUUCAAAAGGAUGUGGCAGAGAGUAGUGAAGUGAUUGAUGUAGUAGUGAAGAGGUCAGGAAUUAUGACAGUCUGGGAUUUGUGAAGUCAGGAGUGAGACAGCUUGGUGUGGGUGUUGGUGGCAAGGGAGGCAAAACUGUACAUGGUGGUAUCAAGCUGCCUUCCUCCUCCCAGUGUCCAGGUUGAGGCAGGGACAUUGCAGCUCACUAGAUUAACCUAACAUGUGGGUGGUGGUCACUGCAGGGCAAUUAAGACUAGUGUUGCAUAAGAUAAGUUGGUGUACAUGUUGUGUAUAUUAUUUUCAUGUUGUUUUGUACAUUAAAGAGAUGAAUUUA